AUGGACUCCAUGAAAGUGCUAUUGGGGCAGAAGGCGUUGGCUCGCUUUGGAUGGGAAAGCAAUCAUCAUUUGGAUGUUCUGAAAUCGAAGAAGGAAAAUGAUCAAUUUGAACGUCGUUCAUCACCUUCUGCGGCUCCACAGGCGUCACCUCAGUUGGUUACUCGGGAGAUCGGCGAUUCGACGAAGCCAGAGUGCAAACGUGAGGAUGCUGCAUUGCGUCGCGAACGAGUCCUUACUGGCGAUUCGGUGCUCACUAGCGGAGUAGGCUCUCUUAGCGAGGACUCGGCGACGGCGGAUGGACGCCGCGCUACCACAUUGGAUUCGAUGAUUGUGGAAUGGGAAUCGCGUUCACGAAAGUCGACCAUUGUUUACUGCAUUAACCAAGGAUUUGUAGCGAAUCGAGACCAGCUGAUCGUGCAAGGAACGGUAGCAGAUAUGGUUCGUGAUCCCCAUGCGGCAAAUGCUGCAAGGGAAAGGUGGAAAUUGGUGCCGUUUAGGACCAAACGAUUUCUGGAAGUGAAUCGCAGUUUUGGCAAUCCGGCCAGAUAUGUGUAUAUGACACCGGAGGAGGACUGCUCUUGGGACGUUUUUCGUCGAAAGGUUGGCUGA